AUGGAGAAAGUUAGCAACUACAUACCCAAUGAUCUCAUAAUCUCCAUUUUAUCAAAACUACCAUUGAAAUCAUUGAAGCGAUUUGAAUGCGUACAAAAAUCAUGGACCCUCUUAUUGAAAGAUUCUCAUUUUGUUAGUGCUUUUCGCAAAAAAUUUAUGUCUAAAACUCUUUUUGGUUUUGAUGAUAUAUCUUAUCUCAUGCGGUAUUAUAUGUUUGGGCCUCCGAAUGUUCGAUCAUAUUUUUAUUUUCUUUUUGGUGAGCGAUUAGAGAAUAAGGUUAAGAUGGAUUACUCUCUUCCAUUUGUAGAUCAUGGCCAAGAUUUUAUUGUCGUGGGGUCUUGUAGUAUCAAUGGAAUUCUUGGUAUCGUUAGUCAAAAUGAAGGCUUUGCAUUAUGGAAUCCAACUAUUGACGAAUACAAGGUAAUUCCUCCAAGUCCCGCUGAGUCUGUACCUUAUCGAAAUUUCUCAUGGCUUAUUCAUGGAUUUGGUUAUGAUUGUGUUAAGAAUGACUAUAAAGUGCUUCGGCGUAUAUUUUUUUAUCAGUUAAACCGCCAUGAUUGUGAGUGUCUUGGUUUGGAUGAGGAAAAUGUGCCUUGGAAAGAUGUAUCAUAUGAACCUGUGUGGGAGAUAUAUAAUCUAAGAAGUGAUUCAUGGAGGAAAUUAAAUAUUAACAUUCCCAUGACAAUCCCUUAUAUUUUUCUGAUCCCUAACAAUGAUGAUGGAAUUGAUCGAUGUUACACAAAAGGAAUGUGUCAUUCGUUGUAUAAAGUUAGCGAGUACAUUUUCCAAACAUGUUUGAUGUCAUUUGAUGUUUGUAAUGAGGUAGUUUUUACAACACCCAUGCCCUCAUACAUGAAUGAUAAUAUGGAUCCUGAAUGGAACUAUAAACACUUGAUGAUAUUAAUUAAAGGAUUCAUUGCAUUAUCAUCGCAUCACGGGGAGACUAAUACAAUUCAUAUAUCAAUUUUAAAUGAAAUUGGUGUGAAAGAAUCUUGGACUAAAGUUUUUAUUCUAGGACCAUUGGCUUGUGUUGCAUAUCCUUUUGCAGGAGGAAAGAAUGGAGACUUAUUUUUAAGAAAAGAGAAUGGAGAACUUGCAUGCUUUGAUUUGGAUACCCAAAUGAUUAAUGAGCUUGGUGUUGAAGCCUAUAAAUCUCAUAUCAUAGUUUAUAACAAAAGCCUUCUUUCGAUUAGAAGCAUACAUGAUUAA